AGAGAGAGAGCGUGGGGGAAAGAAACUGAUCAGGUUCAUGAGAGUGAAGUGGGCAUUUUAAGGUUGACUGAGGCCUGCUUAACUUCCCUGGUGCAGAAAAGACAGGAGGUUGCACCAUGGGCUGAGAUCCUGAGUCACUUCUGCCAACAACUGAUGCAUCAUGAAUGUGCAAAGGCAGUUGAUCUCUGCAGCUAUCCGGGCUGAGGCCCAAAGGUAUGAAGGGAUCAAAGUGCAGCUCAACAAACUUUUCCGGCUGGUGGAGCUGGUUGAUGACCCUCAGCUUAAGAACAACUUCAAGGUGUCACUGAGCAUUGUACGAGAGGCUGUUGCAAAUAGCCAAGAAUGGACCCUUAGCCGCUCCAUCCCUGAGCUACGCUUGGGUGUCCUUGGGACCAUCAAGAGUGGCAAAUCAGCCCUGGUUCACCGCUAUUUGACUGGUUCCUACUUGGGCCUUGAACCUGCGGAGGUGGGGCAGUUCAAGAAAGAGGUGGUGGUGGAUGGGCAGAGCCAUCUGUUGCUGAUUCGAGAGGAAGCAGGGCCGCCAGAUGCUAAGUUUGCAAAUUGGGCAGAUGCCGUCAUCUUUGUCUUCAGUCUGGAGAACGAGGCCAGCUUCCAAGAGCUGACUCAGUUCUAUGGACUCCUCACCAACUACCGUGCAGUUUCUGACAUGGCUCUUGCCCUGGUGGGCACUCAGGACAAAAUCAGUGCCAGCAAUCCACGUGUGAUUGAAGAUUCCCGAGCCCGAGCUCUAUGUACAGAAAUGCGCCGUUGCCUCUACUAUGAGACCUGUGCCACUUACGGGCUGAAUGUUGACCGGGUCUUCAGUGAAGUUGCCCAGAAGAUUGUGAAUAUGAAGAAACAGCAGCAGCUCCUUGCAUCCUGCAAAUCUUUGCCCAGCACACCCAGCCAUUCAGCAGUUUCCACACCGGCAAGUAAUGGUGGCCAUACAAGCGAUUACUCUUCAUCCCUGCCUUCCACACCCAACAUCAGCCAUCGGGAGCUGCGCAGUGAGGCUUCGGCUAUAAUUGGCACACCCAGCUCCCUGCAACGUGGGACCAAACGCCGGACCAGCCUGUUCACUAAUCGCAGAGGGAGCGAUACAGAGAAGCGGAGCCUGGAUAGCCGAGGUGACAACACGGGCAGUGGGAGAGCUAUACCCAUCAAACAGAGCUUCUUGCUGAAACGAAGUGGGAAUUCUCUGAACAAGGAGUGGAAGAAAAAGUAUGUCACUCUAUCCAGCAAUGGGCUUCUCUUCUAUCACCCCAGCAUUAAUGAUUACAUCCAUGGAACCCAUGGGAAAGAAAUGGAUCUACUUCGUACCACCGUCAAGGUACCUGGCAAACGCCCACCCAGAGCCAUCUCUGCCUGUGGUGCCUCCUCAAGCAUCAAUGGCUUGGUGAAAGACAUGAGCAGCAUUGGAGUUGGGGACAGCAGUACUAGCCCUAGUCCAGGCCUGCUGAAUCCUCCAGUUGACCCAGCAGUCAAGCUCUUAGGGAAACCAGAACGCUUGCAGCGCUCUGUAUCUUCUUCCAAGGCUGAAGUAUCCAUGGCUGCAGAAGGACUGUCCAGUCCUGGCAGCAGCGGCAAAGACCCACCUCCAUCUCCUAUGAUUGACAGAAAGAAACACCGGCGGAAGAAGCUCGCCACACCAUCCAAAACGGAGGGAUCAGCAGGGCAGGCAGAAGAGGAAGAGAACUUUGAGUUCAUCAUCGUCUCCAGCACAGGGCAGACUUGGCACUUUGAAGCCAACAGCUUUGAGGAGAGAGAUUCCUGGGUCCAAGCAAUCGAGAGCCAGAUCUUGGCUAGCCUGCAGUGCUGUGAAAGUAGCAAGAACAAGGCCCGGAUGGACAGCCAGAGUGAAGCAGUAGCAAUCCAGGCUAUCCGAAACGCCAAAGGCAACUCCUUGUGUGUGGAUUGUGGGGCACCAAAUCCAACCUGGGCCAGCCUGAACCUGGGGGCACUGAUCUGCAUCGAAUGUUCCGGCAUCCACCGGAACCUGGGCACCCAUCUAUCUCGUGUGCGCUCCCUUGACUUGGAUGACUGGCCCCUGGAGCUCACACUGGUGCUCACCUCCAUUGGUAAUGAAACAGCCAACAGUGUCUGGGAGAAGUGCACACAGGGGCGCCGGAAACCCACCUGCGAGUCAUCACGGGAAGAGCGAGAAUCUUGGAUUCGAGCCAAAUAUGAGCAACGACUAUUCCUGGCACCGCUACCCAACUCUGAACUGUCCCUUGGGUGCCAACUGUUCCAGGCUGUCUUGGACCAAAACCUGGGGGCUGUGCUGCUCUUGCUGGCCCACAGUUCCAAGGAACAGAUCAAUGCUCCUACUGGGGACAAGGACCGACGCACCGCUCUGCAUGUGGCAUGUGACCUUUCACAUGUGGUCAUCACCCAGCUUCUGGUCUGGUAUGGUGCUGACGUUAAGGCCCAUGAUGCUGUGGGGCACACAGCACUCUUCUACGCUCGCCGAGCAGGAAGCCAAGAAUGCAUUGACAUCCUAAUGCAACAUGGUUGCCCAAACGAAGGCUACAGCACUAUUGCCACCCCAGGCCUGCGCCGGAAAAGCAGCAGUGCCAGCAUGGGAAGGACCGAGGCCCGAACUGCCCUGGUGUAGUGUGCCAGGGGGAGCCUCUUCCCCAUCCCAAUGGUGCCAACAAGGGUGCAGUGACUGAUGCCUCCUCUCCUUAAGGAGAUCCCACUCCCCUCUGGCAUCUGGACUGUAAUGCCAAGGAGCAUGGAUCAUGACUUCUGUCAUGCACAGGAGGUGGUAGUUACCAUCCAGAGCCCAACUUCAGUGGUUCUGCUUGGCAUAGGCUGCCAUCACCAAGACCACCUCAUUGUCUCACAGCUCUUUCUACUGCCAGGCCUUGAGCUGCUCUGCUGUCGUCCUGGGCAACAGCCAUCUCUCCAGACAGGUCAUCAGAGAAGCCUACAGAGAACCAAGAGCAAUGCGUUCCAGUAUUUGGAGUGAAGAAUUAGGGCCUGGGCUGAUGUUAUUGUCUUCCCAGUUAAGACUUUGGGAAAUGAGAGGGACAAGUGUUUACAUGGGGUUGGCUCCCCUUUUCCUUCUGGAUUUGUAAGAAGCAUUGAAGGCAGAAUGUAAAUCAGCAUCACUGAAGUGGUUGGUGACUAAACUGAACUAACCGCUUCCGUGGACCCCCAAAAUAUGACAAUAUGGGGGAAGUGUUGAAGGGUCCAAGAGAGUUUGUCAUGACAAUAGCACUGAGGGAAGAAGGUUCAAGAGAGAACCUUGGUGUCACUUGGCUUAAGUGAACCCCUCUCCUCCUUGUGUCAGGGUACUGGGCUAGUGAAUGCACUUGAGCUGUGGCACACUAGAGGGGCUGUAGGCCAGCCUCCAUCUUCUAAGAAGGAGCGUGUACUAGAACGUGUGUGAAGAUGCUUGCUCAAGUCCAGCCCCACCAGUGCGGAUGGGCAUGUGGAAAACAUAUAUUUCAUGGAGAAACCUGUCUCCAUUAUUUGGUUUCCCAUGCUGUUUUGGCAAAUUG